CACGGUCGGUUUCAGGAGAGAGGGGCAGCCAAGAAGCGCACGAGAAUCGGCUGGCUCUGUAGGAAAAGACAGUUAGCGAGAAAAUAUACCGACAUCAAACGAACAAUGAAACCGGUCGAAUAGGGCUUGUGAAGCAACUGAAGCCAAGUAUAGUCCACACAUUGCCACGUUAACAAAUCCGUUUUGAUGUUAUAGUCCAGGUUCGAGGCAGGCGAUAGAGAGCUGUGUCAUUGAGCAGGCAGGACACGUCAGGAGAAGGGAGAAAAAAAAGCUGACCGACUGCACUGUACGAGUCAGCUAUCAAAUCGCCGCUGAAAAGCUUUGCCUGCUCUGCUCAUUUUCUCAAGGACACCACCUUGCUCUCAUUCCGAGGGGAGGCUCUCAACAAAGACAUCGCCGAGGUCGAAGGUGGUGAUCAGAAGGACCAAACGAUCACGGGAUAGCAUUUGUGUGUGGGGGGAAAAAACAAAUGGGGGAUUACGGGUUUGGAGUCCUAGUUCAAAACAACACUGGCAACAAGUCCACAUUCCCGGUCCGAAUCCACCCACAUCUGCAGCCCCCACACCAUCACCAAAAUGUGUCGCAGAGCCCUGCUGCUUUCAUAAACAGCACCACAGCCGCAGGGAAUGGCACCACGGGAGGCUCUCCCUGGCUUUUCCCCGCCUCUGCCACCCACAACAGUGUGCAAGACGAAAUCCUGGGGGGCCCAGAGAAGCCCAAAGCACAGCAGCAGCAGGAAAUGCAAGAAACGCAGGAAAAGCAGCAGCAGUUGUCUCCUGGGAGCCACCAGGAAGGUGGAAGUGGUGGUGGGAUCAUUUCAGAUCUGGAAAAAGCCCGGUCAGAGGAAGCCAAGACAGACAACGGCACAUCUGAAGGAAGUAAUGGGAAGGAGAAGCAGCUACGUCUGGAGUCCCCAGUCCUGACAGGCUUCGAUUACCAGGAGACAUCUGGUCUUGGGGGAACUGGCCCUGUCCAGUCCAGUACAACCUCGUCAUCCCUUACAGGCUUCAAUAACUGGUCAGCCGCCAUCCCUCCGGCGCCAUCCACCAUCAUCAAUGAGGAUGUGAGCUUUUUCAAUCCAGCAUCUGCCAACAACGGGCCCCUGCUGUUCCAGAACUUCUCACACCAUGUCAGCCCAGGGUUUGGUGGCAACUUCUCUCAGAUAGGGCCUGCGGCGGCCUUAUCCCAGCACCACCCGCCUCCCCCACCGCACCCUCAUUUUCAACACCCCCACAACCAACACCAGCAGCAUCGCCGCUCCCCAGCUUCUCCCCACCCUCCACCGCCUUUCUCACAUAGGAAUGCGGCCUUCAGCCAGUUGCCGCAUUUGUCCAACAGCCUGAACAAGCCCCCGUCCCCUUGGGGUCCGGCCAGCUACCAGAGCCCCUCUCCCUCCCCCGGCUCUUCCACCUCCUGGAGUCCCGGAGGAGGCUAUGGCAGUGGUGGUGGCGGCUGGGGAGGGUCUCAGGGCAGAGAUUAUCGCAGAGGACUGAAUGGCGGGAUGACCCCCAUCAACUCUAUCUCUCCACUUAAGAAGACCUUCCCCAACAACCAUGUUGCAUCCCAGAAGUAUCCUAGAAACAGUCCCGCAGGCUUCAAUCCCAAAUCCUGGAUCGAUGAUGGCGUCGGCCGCAGUGACAACAUCUUCCCUUUCCAGGAACGUACCAGGUCAUUCGACGGCUUCAACAUGAAUACCCUUGAGAGCUCCCUGAUCGACAUCAUGAGGGCUGAGCAGGACACCCUCAAAGGUCGUCUGGGGUUUCCCCAUCCAGGAGGGGACAACCCUCUGCCCCUUAAUGCCAGGAAUUAUAGCAGGAGACGAGGCCAUUCUUCCCUCUUCCCCAUGGAGGAUGGUUUUCCUGACGACGAACGCGGCGAGGGUCUUGCAGGUCUGGGAUCUCCGCAUUGCUUUCCACACCAGAACGGAGAGCGCGUCGAACGCUAUUCCCGCAAGGUCUUUGUCGGUGGACUGCCCCCGGAUAUAGAUGAAGAUGAGAUAACAGCCAGUUUCCGGCGUUUUGGACACCUGUUUGUGGACUGGCCUCACAAAGCUGAGAGCAAGUCUUAUUUCCCUCCCAAAGGCUAUGCCUUCCUGCUGUUCCAGGAUGAGAGCUCGGUGCAGGCUUUGAUCGAUGCCUGCAUUGAAGAAGACGGAAAGCUGUACCUGUGUGUGUCCAGCCCCACUAUCAAAGACAAGCCGGUUCAGAUUCGCCCGUGGAACCUGAAUGACAGUGAUUUUGUGAUGGAUGGCUCUCAGCCUCUGGACCCGAGGAAAACUAUUUUUGUAGGUGGUGUCCCUCGUCCGCUUCGUGCAGUGGAACUGGCCAUGAUCAUGGACCGCCUGUACGGUGGGGUUUGCUACGCUGGCAUCGACACAGACCCGGAGCUGAAGUACCCCAAGGGAGCUGGGCGGGUCGCCUUCUCUAAUCAGCAGAGCUACAUUGCUGCUAUCAGUGCUCGCUUUGUACAGCUGCAGCAUGGAGAAAUCGAUAAACGGGUGGAAGUGAAGCCAUAUGUGCUGGAUGACCAGCUGUGCGAUGAGUGCCAGGGAACUCGCUGCGGUGGGAAGUUUGCACCCUUCUUCUGCGCCAACGUCACCUGUCUGCAGUACUACUGCGAGUACUGCUGGGCCGCCAUCCACUCGCGUGCCGGCCGAGAGUUUCACAAACCCCUGGUGAAGGAGGGAGGUGAUCGACCUCGUCACAUCUCCUUCCGCUGGAACUGAGCAGGCGACGGAGAGGGAGAGGCAACAGGGGAACAGGAGGGCAGGUAGUGCAGGAGUCGCAAAUCAGUGUACAAAUAAAUGCACUUUUCUGUUGCUGGUUCCUUUUUGCUCUAAUUUCACCGAAACUUUUUCUCUUUUUUUUUCUCGAGUUAAUAUAUAAUAUAUCUAUAUUUUGAAGAUAGAAAAGAAAAACUGGAAUUAUAUCCAAAUAUGUCCAGCAAGGAAAAAAGAUGUGUAAUGUAAUUUAAUUUAUGCAUUUAAUUUUUUAAAUAUUUUUAUUAUUUCUGAAAAAAAAAAAAACAUAUAGGCAAGUCUGAAGUGUGAGAUGGUACUCUGCUUUUAAUUGGCAAGUUACUCAGAUUAAACAAAACAAUAUAUUUUAUGUGACACGAGGCUACUAAAAACAUAUUUUGGAUUGGUUUAAUAAGAAUUUACAGCAGAGCAGUUGCUUUUUGAUUUCAUAUUGAAUCUCCAGAGAAGAUGCUAGUGAAAAAAAAUAUAUAUAAUUGUCGAUUCAGUCCUGAGAGGGUGACUUUUCUUUGGGUAAAAGAGGCUCCAGAGCAAAUGUGAAAAAGGUGUUGCUGAAGAAGAGUGCACUUAUUUCCUAUUCAAAGAGUGCAGUUACAGUAUAGAAGACCCUAUGUAGUUAACCAAAGCUGAAACUUAAAGAACUGAAGAAUAUAGAGGGCCCACUGCAGAAUGAAACUGAUCAUUUCCUCCCAGAUCGAAAUAUUCCAACCUCCCUUUUUAUUGUUUCUGCGACCAUACAGACGUUUUGAUCUUACUUGAAAAUUUUUCAAACAAAUUCUUAGCGACGCAUAUUUGGGUUUUGAUCUCCAUUUUGACAUGCAAAAACUAAUACCUCAAACUCAGCUGCUAAUGUGCCGAAUACAGUAAAAGAAAAGACAGAGAGAGAGAGAGCGAGAGAGAGAGAGCGCGAAAGAAAAACAUUUACACCCGCUGGUGUUCUCCUUUCCUAAGUACCGUAAUCAAAGGGAAGUGAUGCAACAGGCAGAGUGUGAUGUGAAUGGCACAGUUUUGUACUCACUUGCUUCAUCACCUCCUUAUUUUUGUAAUCAAACCCAGGGUUGUGCUAGGGACAGAGCAGAGCAUCGUACAGUAUAUUAGGGGAAUGUAUGGAGGCUAAAGGACAGACAGACAGACAGGCUAACUCGGUACAAACAAAUCCAGCCCCCCUCCCUCUCCUGACGUCUGCCUUCAGCCUCUGCUGCUACACCCGCAGUAAACAGAGGGGGCAGGAUCCAGGCGCUCGCUGCUGCCACGAAUCCAAAUUUAUUCAGGACCGAGGCGUAGGUAGCUCCUCCAGAGAAGGCUGGUGAGUCUCUGGCCACCUUUUACUGCAGUUUUUUUUUUUAAAGGUGGCCACAGCACCGCCUAUUGGGCAAUGCCUGUCUUUGUUAGUUUUUUUUAAACACAUUUGUGCAAUUCUCCCGAGUCUUUAAGGAAAAAAAAAAAGCUCCACUUUGCAUCCAGGAGUCGGCUAUAUUAACGGAAAGAGAAAAAAAAGCAAUUAAAAGUUUAUCUGGUUUCCAGAUCAUCAGCACACAUUUGAGUCAUGGAGGGAUCUGGCCUUUCGGUGAACCCUCUAUCCUUCCUCCUGCCAAGCUAAUCCAACUCAGCAUCCAGUGUUUUUGAAGCAUAAAUGAAGAUAGUCUGUGCAGUGUGCUCUACUACUACAUGUUUGUGACCCACAUGCAGCUCGAAAACAAGACUGCAGUUCUGAUAGGUUGUACCCAGUGGCUUAUGGGAACCAAAGAUGGCCGUGCAGUAGUGGGUCAUACUGUAGCUCAUUUUCUGUUGAGGUUUUUAUUCUGAUUUUCUUGUUUUUCUUAAAGGACUUUUUUUUUCAUAUAUUUUUUUAAGUCGUAUCACUUCUACCCAGUUCAACCGUCAAGCCCUGUUGGACUCCAGUAAACCAAAGAUUGGCCUUGAACAUAAUAUAUUUAUACAUUUGACAGUGCAGUCAAAAACCCAUUAGAACACCAGUGGAAAAACAACAGGGCUUGCGUGCGCACACACACACUCACACUCAAACUCACACACACAAAUAACGCGACAUCGCUCAAACCGGAGAGGUCCACUGAGGUCUUGGAUCUCAGUUAUCGUAGGUCUACCCGUUGGUCAUGUUUGGGAAAAUUAACAUAAAGUGCACAUUCACACAGCGAACGUAAAACUAAUCCUCACAUUUGUUUGACGUUUUGAAGUCACUCAGUGGUAUCCUACUAGCCGAGCAUUUAAAUAUGUCAGGGAGUUAGUACAGAAACUUGAUUAUACACACUAGUGAGAAACGUAUCCUCAUAUUGGCGUGGUGUCGUCGCACCAGUUUUGCACCCUGGACAUUAGUUUUGUGGGUGUGGUGGGUGAGCAUUUUAGAAGUUAAAACACUUUGUGAAGAAUUUGCUGUUAAAUGAGAUGAAAAAAGAUUAUUUUAUACAUGGCCUGCUGAUUUUUGGUACAGUGUGUUUUCUAGCUAAAUUAUUUUGUCAUGCACAUAUAAACAUUUAUUAUGCACUACUUUUCUAAAUAUUUUUUCUUUUUCCAACAGUCAUUUUAGGCACAUUUUUCACAAAUGGGGAAACUCCUUUUUGCAAUACCUCAAUUUUUCACAUUGUGAAAGGUAGCUUUUGUACUUUUGUUACUGAGAGAUCUGCAUAUAUGGAAAUGUUCAUUUUAAGAAAAAAAAGUUGAGUGAUUUCAAUAUAUAUUAUUUUCAAUUAUGCUUUUUAUACAUUUCAGUGCUGAGGAAUCUUUACAACUAAGUGCGCACUUGUGUUGAUGCGACUUCAGAUCUGCAGAGGAGAGACCAAAGUGUUAUGACUCUCUUGGUCUUAGCUUUUUUCGUACACUAGAUGUUUUCCAGUCAAUCUGGUCAAAUAACAGCAUGGCAAGAAAAAAAAAAAAAGGUGUAACUUUAAAAUUGAUGCCUCUUAACACGGCUCUACUAGUUGGAACAUGGUAACUUCUGUCUUGGUUUCCUCUCCGUAGAUGGAGUAUAACUUAUUAUAAGGAGAAUGCAAAAUUUGGUUCAUGCUUAACGCUGAAUCUCUUAUCACAAGAAUGGAUGUUUGGUGUUUAGAUAUUUUAAUAUUUGAAAAAAGUAUAUAUAUAUAUUAUAUAUAUUCUUGAACUUGCCAACUAGCACCUAUUGUAAUCCUUAGCAUGCAUGACAAAAAAGAGAAAAUGACAAGUACAUGAAAUUAGCUAUUAAAAUUAAUUGUUGUGGUGUGCACCAAAUGUUUCUCAACUAUUAAGUUGUUAAGGACACCCUAAACCCACUCUCACCUCACCCCACUCCCACUCCCACUAGUCCCCGCCUCCCACCCCCACCCGACCUCGCGUGUCGAUCCUCCUCGCUUCCCCAUUCGCAGACCUCUGCAGGAUGCACAUGACAGAGCGAUAAAGACGAGAAACAAGACAGAAACUAACUUUAAAAAUCGAUUUGGCAGUGCAGGACUUUGAGCAUCCUUAUAGAACACUGUUUCAAGAAAAAAUAAAUAGAUAAAAAAAGAAGAAGAAGAAAAA